AUGAAUAUAUCUUCCCUCAGCCGUCGAGGGGUUGGAGGUGGAAAGAACGUGGACACAAACCAGCCAAAAGCACUUAUAUACCCAAAAGGACUCUUAUCAGGACGCGUUGGUUGGUCCUCUCUUGUGUUUUUGGUUUGCCUCUGCGUAUUUCCACAACAGACGUGGAGUGCAAGUCUAGCUGGUUCCAAAGUGGAACAUCCAGGAGUUUGUCCCAACAAGCUGAAUGCUAACCUUUGGGUUGAUGCACAAAGCACCUGCGAACGGGAAUGUGAAGUUGACGAGGACUGUGCUGGCUUUGAGAAAUGCUGCACCAAUGUGUGUGGACUCUUCAGCUGUGUGGCCGCCCGUUUCUCUGAUGGCACCCCUACUCAGCCGGAUGGCCAGGGCGGAGGAGAGAAGGGCUCCGGGGGCCAGGGCUCAAUCGCCACAUGCCAGGGCUUCAUCUGCAGCCAACAGGGGGCCACCUGCGACAUCUGGGAGGGCCAGCCCAUCUGCAAGUGCCAGGACCACUGCGAGAAGGAUCCCAGCUUCACCUGUGCCUCCGACGGACUCACCUACUUCAACAAGUGUUACAUGGACGCUGAGGCAUGUACACAAGGUGUGACACUAACUGUGGUGACCUGCCGGUUUCAUUUAUCCGGGCCUCAAGCAAGUCCACUCCCCCAGGACACAACAGCCAAUCCAACGCUGACGUCCUUCCUGGAAGACCCCAUUCCCCCAACGCUCUUCUCCAAUCCCAGCCACCAGUCGGUCUACAUAGGCGGCACGGUGAGCUUCCACUGCGAUGUAAUGGGUGUCCCGCGGCCCGUCGUGACCUGGGAGAAGCAGAGCGAGCGCCACGAGAGCCUGGUAAUGCGGCCCGACCGGAUGUACGGCAACGUGGUCAUCACCAACAUCGGCCAGCUAGUCGUCUACAACGCCCAGGUGUGGGACACAGGCAUCUACACUUGCGUCGCCCGAAAUGCAGCCGGGGUCCUCCGCGCCGACUACCCUCUCUCUGUCAUCCGUCGGACCGAGGACGACAUCUUCUCAGAGGACCCCGAGAUGGCGGGCAUGCCCAUGGGGCCCCCGUUUUCGCCCGCCGACUGCCUGGCGGAGGUGGACCGGCGGGAGUGUUCUGCCGAGCGCCAUGUUGACUGGUACUACGACGCCGAGCAAGGUACCUGCCUGGCCUUCUCCAACGGGGGCUGUGAUGACAGCCGCAACCGCUUCGAGACCUACGAGGAGUGCCAGGCAUCCUGCCAGAGGGAGGGGAUGGGGAUCUGUUCCUUACCUGCGGUCCAGGGCCCCUGCAAGAGCUGGGAGGCCCAUUGGGCCUGGAACUCCCUCUUGAAACAAUGCCAGGCCUUUGCUUAUGGCGGUUGCCAUGGCAACGGCAAUCGCUUCCGAUCCAAGAAGGAGUGCGAGGCAAACUGCCCGCAGUCCAAACGACGAGCCUGCAAAACAUGCCGGGUCAAAGGUAAAAUAGUCCCGAGCCUGUGCCGGAGCGAUUUCGCCAUCGUCGGCCGAUUGACGGAACUGAUCGAGGACCUCGAUUCUGGGAUCGCCCGGUUCAGUCUAGAGAAGAUCCUCCGCGACGAGAAGAUGGGCUUGGCAUUCUUUAACACCCGUCACCUGGAGGUGACCCUGGCUAAGAUGGACUGGAGCUGCCCCUGCCCCAACAUCACCAUGGAGGAGGGCCCCCUAUUGGUCAUGGGGGAUGUACAGGACGGCAUGGCCGUGAUACAACCCGACAGCUACGUCAGACCCAUCUCCGAUAAGAGGCUGAAGAGGAUUCAUGAAGUCUUGGAGAAGAGGACCUGUGAGAUGCUGCAGAGGUUCCGGGACUAGGGGCUCUAUUCGAUUCGUAUCUCGGAAGUUCAGAGGUUACAGUGUGAUUUAAAUUUAAAGGCAAUUCUCCCGCAUUAGAGGAGACUGCAUUCACGGUAAACACUGCAAAUGUCGGCUCAAUAGGAAAUGACCUUCACAUUUCUAUCACGCAAUCUGUAACGCUUCAGCGAGACAGAUAGAAUAGAGCCCUAGGACUGAUCACCUCAACUUGGGCUGUCAUAGCAAGACUAAUAUACAAUGGCAUAUCCCUACAAUGACAUUUUCUGAAAUGGAAUGCACCCUACAGGUUGUGAGAAACUCUCUGGUGGAGUUUGUGCCAUGAUGUACUGUAUCAAAUUACAGUGCAUUUCUUUCUGACGCCGUUUUCAUUGCCCAGAAAAAUCCAGCACGGACUUUUCAAACGAUGCCAAUGUUGUACAUAACACAAUCAAAUCGAGGUGUGUAAAUACCAUUAUUCAAAUAGGUUUAUUCAAAUGUA